CUUUUUGCAGAAGACUCGAGUAUUUAAUAUUGGAUUAGCAUUGGAACUAUACGGGGUCGCAGUAUGGACAGCAACGAUGUGGAACUAUCCCUGCAGGAAUCGCCCAGCUCGGAGGGAAGCUUCUCAAGCACUGCGCCCGGACAGUGCUGCAGCUCAGGCAGGGAUUUCGAAAAGGCAGAGGGCUUGGUCGACCCAAGAGCUGUGAAUGAGGUGGAAGCAGCGCAAGGAAAGCCAAGCAAAUCAGGCAGCGAUCUAUCGGGUGGUAAUAGCUAUGCCACAAAUAAAAAUGUGGCUGAAGGUCUCAUGGACAUAGCUCUUCUCUCCGCGAAUGCCAAUCAGCUGCGCUUCCUAAUCACCUACAACGACAAAGCCUCCACCUACAUAUACAGCCUGAUUCUGGUGGCACUCUCGCUGAGUCUGCAGCUGCUCGUAGGCCUUAUGAUGAUAUUUAAAAGACGUCUCAAGCGCUGUCAGCAUCGGCGCUAUGCAAGGACCAAUGAGCUACUGGUAAUGGGAGUAUUCAUGAUUACUGUGAUCAAUAUCCUGCUGGCAGCCUUCACCACAACGGACGGAAAUACGCAUUAGAAGAUGAUGGUUUUUGAAAAUACACUUUAGAUAUACAUUUACUUGUAUUUGAUACAAUAUAACAAGGGAAAACUAUGUAUUAAAUGCUAUGGUAACAUGGAAGGAACCGCUAACCGAUGAGGGUUCCAGCAGUUCCUUCACAUAAAUGCACUUGACGUAUCUGACGUACGAUAUCUCAGCUUGUGUAUGGGGACGACUUAGGAUCAUAGUUGACUGCUUCCUCGCACUUUAACUUAGCCCGAAUACUCCUUCUUGACGCACUUGGCAAUGGUGGUCAACUGCAUGUUGGAGGUACCUUCGUAGAUGGCGCCGAUCUUCACAUCGCGGUAGAAUUUCUCCUGGGGGAAGUCGCGGGUGAAUCCCACACCGCCCAUCCAGUCAAUGCACUUGAUGGCCGCACGCUGGGCAACCUCCGAAGCAUAGAAUUUGGCCAUGGCCGCCUCCUUGAGGAAGGGCACACCCUGUUCCUGCAGACGAGCCGCAUUGUAGGUCAUCAGGCGAGCCGCCUCGAUCUCGGUGGCAAUAGUGGCGAUCUGGUGCUGCAUGGACUGGAAGUUGUAGAUAGAUUCGCCGAACUGCUUGCGCUCCAGCAGAUACGGAAUGGUGGCAUCGAAGGUGCCCUGGGCCAGGCCCACCAUCUGAGCGCCAAUGCCGAUGCGGCCCUCGUUCAGGAAGCCGGCGGCAUACUUAUAACCGUGUCCGAAAGUACCCAGGAUGUUCUCCUCGGGUACGCGCACAUUGUCGAAGGUGAGCAUGCAGGUGCCGGAGGCACGGAUGCCCAGCUUGUCCUCAGGUUUGUUCACAAUCAAUCCGGGUG